UUUAGAAUUGAUUUAUACACAUUUGAUAAUAUUUUUAUAAUUUUAUAAUUUCAUAUGUUAAUAACAUGAUUUUAUUUAUAGAUCCCAACGUAAAGAGUGUGAUUUUAAUCCCCAAAUGCUGAGAUGCUAAAUCCCUAGAAGUUUCCACUCACUACAACCGAUUUGAGAAUCAACUUCUCACUUCAUUUCGUACUUCAAUCAGAUUUCGUCACUCUCUCGUUCUUUUUAAAUCCAUUCCGUCAGUUUCUCCGUUCUCCUAAUCUGAUUCAAGGCUUUAGUUGAGGUUCUUUGAUUCAAGGGUGCAGACAGCAGUCACAAGACCAUUGGCACUUAACAAAAGCUACCUCUCAACCCAGUCCUUUUGUGAGUAACUUAGCUGCCAAAUUUUUUUCCUUUGAACAGAUUUUCCACCCCACAUCUCAUUCAGCCACCGCAGAGUAUAUCAGUGGGGACAUCUGUUUGUUAAGGAAAACACACAUGCAAUGAUACAAGCUGGAGGUAGUAAGAGCAAUGCUAGGAGAGGCCGUGAAAUGGAGUUACAAUUGGGAAGACCUGUGUGUCGAAGUGAAAUUAUUUUGUCGACUUUAAUGAAGAAGGAUGGAAACUACAUAAAUGAAGAAGGAAAGAGUUUGGUUGACAAGAUAUCAGAGCACCUCUCUCAAGAUCAAGACCGUGCUGCCACUGUAGGUGUUCCAUCAAAGGUAAAUGUUUAUCCUGAUGAUGCUAUUGGAAAAGUAUGUGGAGCUGAGCAUUCUGGCCGAGUGCGUGGUAUAGGCAAUGGUAUUUGUCCUUCCGAAGUAUUUGGAAUGUCUAGGCGUUUUACUGGUUUUGUCAAUGUUGGUGGCUCCAAUCAACAAUGUGUUGAGGACUUGAAAAAGCAAGUCAAAUCUUUGGAAGUGAAGUUGGAUGGAUAUGAAGAAAUGAAGGUUGGAUAUGAAGAGACUAAGGAACAACUUGUACAAACCCAAAAACAAAUGGCUACUCUUCACAAAUUUCUACUAGAUAAAUUUGGUAGUGGGCCCGAAGGUUUAUGCUCCUCCUCUUAACAGAAUUAAUGCUUUUAAGGUAUGAUUUGUGAUAAGCUUUUUUAAAAGGAUAGGAUGCAUACAACAACAAUUCUUGGAAGACAGAUUUAAAAAAUGUGUUGUCAUAUUUUGUUUAGUUGAAGAAUGAAGUUAAUAUUUUGUAUAGAUGUCUAGUGACAAUCACAAACUUAUAGUUUUAGCUUUAUUUGACAAAUAUUUCUCUUAAAUGAUGUAAGUGAAAAACAUGAUUAGCUCUUUUUGCUGGUAAAGGAAACUCCUUCAGCUUAUAUGA